UGACACCUGCAUUGUUUUAGAGUUUCACAUUUAUCAACUUUCUGAAUUAUAAUGACGAAUUCAUUACUACUAGUGCUCUCUUUCGUUCUCUUUGCCUUCCUUACAAAGCCGUUUCAGGCGGAGAACAUUCCGGUAAUCGAUUUCACCGGCGAUAAGGUCGUUACGGGCACUGCAUACUACAUGCGAGGAAUAUUCGAUGGACCCGCGACAUUCGGAGGCCUGAAUCUAUAUUUUGGCAGAAACAACACUUGCCCACUAGACGUGAUUCAAGAACAGUACGAUUUCGUCAGGGGUCUCCCUUUAAUAUUUUCGUAUCCGAACGAUAAACAAGGCAGUGUUGUUUACGAAUCCACCGACCUGAAUAUCAAAUUUUCUGCGGCGGAGAGCGUUUGCCGCCAGUCGACAGUGUGGAGGGUUGGCAACUACGACAAUGCGACGGGGCAGUGGCCCAUAACCGGUGAUGGGGUUGAAGGGAAUCCUGGAGCUCAGACGCUGGAAAACUGGUUUAAAUUUGAGAGGGGGGAUGUGGAUGCUUACAAGAUUUCUCAUUGUCCUAAAGUUUGUAACUCUUGUGUGAGUUUGUGCAGCGAUGUUGGGAUUUAUUCAGGCGAUGGCACAAGACGUCUGGGUCUUAGUCGCACUGCAUUUUCACUUGUGUUUGUCAAGGGAAGUAAUUCUACAGACUAGUCUGAUUUGCUUGAACAAUCCAGUUUUAUUAAUACUCAAUUCCCUUCAUUAUUAGCACC